CCUUGUCUCAAAGCGUGAUUAUUUUCAGACUCGCGCACACAGUCACGCAUACGCAUCCAGACUACAGAACAUUAUAUUAUCUUUCACGCGUUGUAAUUUUGCUCUCCGUUUCAGGCUACGGUUUGAACCAGGACAACAAUUUAUUUUAUUUAUUCAUUUUUUUUAUAUAAACACGUUAACUACAGCUCAGCUAUGGCAGCAUCGGAUUAUAAUUUUUUACUGGCGACAGAUUCAUACAAGAUCACACACUACAAGCAAUAUCCUCCAGACCUCAACAAAGUGUAUUCCUAUUUCGAGUGCCGGCGCAAGAAAGGGUCUCAGUUCAACGAAGUGGUGUUUUUCGGCCUCCAGUACCUCCUGAAGAAAUACAUUGCAGGAUGCGUGGUCACCGAGGAGAAGAUUCAGGAGGCGAAAGUGUUUUACCAGAUGCACUUCAGGCAGUCUGUGUUUGACGAACAGGGCUGGAGGAAACUCUUAGAGAGAUACGAUGGUCGUCUCCCGAUCCGCAUCAAAGCCGUUCCUGAGGGGAAGAUCGUUCCGAGGGGGAACGUCCUGUUCACUGUAGAGAACACGGACCCUGAAUUCUACUGGCUCACCAAUUACAUAGAGACCAUGCUGGUCCAAAUGUGGUACCCCAUCACCGUGGCGACCAUCUCCCGGGAGUUCAAAAAGAUCCUCGCCAAGUAUCUGAAAGCUACGACGGGAAGUUUGGAGGGUCUGGAGUUCAAACUGCAUGAUUUCGGCUACAGAGGAGUCUCCUCUCAGGAGUCAGCAGCGUUGGGCGGUGCCGCACACUUGGUGAACUUUUCCAGCACGGACACUGUGGCGGGAAUCCUCAUGGCUCAGCGUUACUACAACUGCCCCAUGGCUGGCUUCUCUAUACCUGCUGCUGAGCACAGCACCAUCAUCUCCUGGGGCCGGAGCAGAGAGAAGGAUGCGUAUGAGUACUUGCUGGACCAGUUCCCCUCAGGCCCAGUGGCGGUGGUCAGCGACAGCUAUGACAUCUUCAAGGCGUGCAAGUACAUCUGGGGAGACAAGCUGAAGGAAAGAGUGAUGGAGCGCAGCGAAGACUCCAUCCUCGUCAUCCGGCCUGACUCAGGAGACCCCACAGAGACGCUGCUGGAGGUGAUAAAGAUUUUAGAGGAGCGUUUUAGCUCUUCUCUGAACUCUGUAGGCUAUAAAGUGCUUCCAUCAUACUUGCGCAUCAUCCAGGGCGACGGGAUCGAUCUCUGCUCAGUCGAGAAGAUCCUAAGAAAGCUCAGCGAAGAGGGCUGGAGUGCAGAGAAUGUGUUCUUCGGCUGUGGAAGCUCCCUGCUCCAGAAGAUCAACAGAGACACGCUGAACUGUGCGUUCAAAUGCAGCUACGUGGAGAGUAGCGGAAAGGGGAUGGACGUGUAUAAGCUGCCAGUGACGGACCCCUCUAAGGGAUCGAAGCGUGGUCGUCUGUCACUGAGGAGAAACUCGGAUGGGUUUAUAGAAACGGUGGAACGGGGCGCUGGCAAACCGGAGGAGGAUAUGCUUGUGACAGUGUUUGAGAAUGGGACCAUCCUAAAGGAGUACUCUCUGGACGAGAUCCGGAAGAACGCCCGGCUCAGGGAGGAGGACUUAAACCCGGAUCAGCACAACCAGGACCACAGCAGCACGCUGGACAUUCACCAGAACCACAUCAUGAACGGCUUGCACUAAUCACGAUCCCGCCCCUUUUAACCAAACCCACCAUCGGACCAAUCAAUACCAUUCUUCCUAUUAAACGCCCCCCCCCUCCCCAGUUAGACUCCACCCCAUUUCUAAUACACCUUCAUCACAAUGUUCAUCUUUCAUGAAGUGAUCAGUCACAGUGAUGUUUGGAUUUUGAAUCACAGUGAUGUUGAAUCAGAUUUUUAGAUUUUUUUCAUUUGAAUCAGGCAAAACAUUCAAAGCACAGUCUGUAUUGACAGUGAAGGAUUGCGCAGUGGUGGAAAAAACUUACGUUGGCAAAAAAAACAACAACAGUAAAUUAGCAAAGUCGAGGUGCUCGUGAAGUGUAAAUAAAAUCAUUAAAGUUUAAAAUCUAGUGUUCCUUAUGUGUUUUUCCACCGUAGUCUCAUUUUCACUAAACGCCAAAUAUCGCUGUUGGUGCUUAUAGAAUAUACACCAUUUGUGUAUUACCGGCAGGGCUUGGAUUUUUUUUGUUAUUGUUGUUGUUUUUUUUUCCUCAGACUUUCAUAUGAUUUUGUUAAAAUAUAGCUAAAUUGUUUUUAGUUUUUUUUUUGUUUUUUUUUAAAAGAAGAACGAAAGCGUAAUCUAUAUCAGGUGAAUGAAAGAUCUCCAGGUCAGAAAUAAGUUCCUUUUAUGCAGACGUUUUAAAAUGAAUAACGCAGCCUAUGCACCUCUGACAGGAGCGGUAUGAAUUUACAUGCAAUAUGCAUUCGAGUGCGUAGAAAGCCGCGCGUUUGUAACCGUAAAUUGUUCUUUCAGUGCUUGUUGUUUGAUCACAUUAGACACUCGCAGUAACCAAACCAAAUACACUUGCAGUACUAUACUGUAUAUCUAACAAUUUUUAGUUUUCUUCUAAAUUAAUCGGGGUUUAUAAGCAUCAAACAUGGCCGUGCUAGUGGUGCACUUUCUAUAAGGCCACAUCUGUUAUGCAUUUAUAAGGCGCUCCAUGAGACGUUUAUGGAAAUGCACUUUAUAGCUAAGUGAACAUGAUUAAUGUUAAAGAAACACAGCUUGUAUACUAUUUUAUAUUUGGCUUUACAUUAUACUCAGACCUGUUCUGUCCUGAAUUUUUUUUUUUUUUUUUUUUGUAAUUUUACAAAGGACGUUCAAGUCUUAAAGGGACUGAAUGAAGGCGUAAAACCAAGUGACAUUUACAGAAGACUUCAGGCAGAGACCCUGCAGUAAAACAUCUCAAUGAUGCAAAUGUUUUUUUUUUUGGUUUUUUUUUGAGGAAGAUUUUUGCCCGUCAAUGAUGAACCCGGGCGAAAUAAUUCCUACCCAGAUGAAAGUGCAUUAAUGUAGCAGGGGAUUAUAACUUAUAACUUGUGAUCUGUACAUUCUGCAUGUUUAAAAGUCCCGGAUUGACUUCAACGCCUGUUGUACAUUUUUGUCAAUUUCUUAAACUCGCGUACAAGCAUCAUUUUUAACACGUCAUGUUAACAAAUUGUUCACUGUAAUGUGUUUUUCACAAAUAAUUGUUUUUAAACACUGUGUAUAACGCCUUAUGAAUGCAUUAGGACAGGUUACGAAAGUGUUGCAGGUGUUUUCUUCCUCACACUAAAUCAGUAAAACUGAGAAUGUGUGUGCACGCGCAUAUGUGUAUGCAUGUGUGUGGCGUGUGUUUUCCUUUCUCUAGACGUAAAGCUGAGGGAAUCGGGACAUGGAGUUGCUCACACUGCCUUAACAACCACUUGGAUUCCGGUGCUCAUGUUUUUGCACUCCCUCACUUUAUCCCUCCAUCAUAUUUAAGCCCCUCCUUAUUUCACAUAAGUGGCUGCUUUAUUAUAAUUUUUUUUUCUUUUUAAGUGCUUCAUCUCUUAAGUCCUUAUAUGAUUUAUGUGUUAUUUUCUUGUCUGUGUGUGUCUUGUCUGUUUGGUGGGAAUGGCAUAUUUUUCCAAGUCGGUUCUGAACAUCAGAUAUGAAGCAGAUAUUGACCCUACCUCUUGUUACUAUUGUUUUUGUUGUUUGUUUGUUUGUUUUGUUUUUUUGCCACAACAAUGCUGUUUAAUAUUAUAAAAAUGAUGGUAAUUACACUAAAAUUAUGUGUAUUAUGCUGUUGUGUAAAUAAUUUUUUUUCUUUGAGUUGUAGGAGAAUUGUUUUAAGCGUUUAACUUUUUAUCUCACUUUUUUUCAAUUUAUGUUUUUACAAAAGUGAGUUUUAGUAUGAGA